AUGUCUUUAUCAAAUAACACAACAUAUUGUGAACCGUUAUCAAAAAAUAGUGCCGAGUUAAUUGUUGAUGGACCUUUAACAUUACUUUGUGUUAUACUUGGUGUCAUUGGAAAUGUUCAAGCAAUUUUAUUUUUACAAUCUUGUAAAUUAAAUCGUAGAUUGGUUGCAAAUAUGACAGUUCUAUUUAUUUGGGAUUGUCUUUUAUUAAUUGUAGCUGUAUUGUAUUAUUCACUUACUUCAUUUUUUGAACUUUUUCAAAUACCUAUACAAAUGGAUAAAUUUAUCGUAAUAUUUCAUGGCCCAGCCUCUAUUACUUUAACAAGUAGUAUUUGGUUAACAUUACUUAUCGUUAUUUAUAGAUAUCUAGCUGUAAUUAAACCUUUUAAUGGAAUAGAUGGUUCCAUAUAUACAAUUAUAAAUAAUUCAUCUUCUUUCACACAAAAAAUAAAAUUCUACAAGAUUCCAUUAAUUGUUGUUGGAUUAGCAAUACUAAUAAAUAUACCAAUAUUUUUUGAAAUGAGUUAUCAAGAUUGUUAUGAUAAAAAAACAUCAACAUGGAGUAAAAAUGCAAAUCCAACACCUUUAAGAAUUAAUCCUAUGUAUAAAACAUUUUAUAGAUUAAUUUUAAAAACUACACUAGAAUCAUUUAUACCAUUUAUUUUAGCUGCUACAUUAUUAGCAUUAACACAAAUAACUGUUAUGAAAAGUAAUCAAAGACGAAUGCAAUUGGCACCUGGAAGUCAACGAGAUCAUAAUGAAAAAGCUGCCUCUUAUAUGGCAGUAAUAAUUGUUUUUAAAUUUUUAAUUCUCCAUUUUUUACGAGUUUCAUUGGAUGUUUGGGAAGUAUUCAUAGAUCCAACAGAUAUAUUUGAUCUUCUUGCAAAACUCAGCAACGUCCUAGUAACUAUUAAUAGUGCUACAAAUUACCUUGUUUAUUUAGGUAAAAGAUCUCCAAAAAAUACAAAUAUUAGAGGAAAACAAUUAACACUUAAAGUUAAAAGUAAUGAUGAAUGUCAUAUAUUAAUGGUAAAAAAAAAUAGUAAUCAGUCAACAAAUAAUAAUUAA